AUGCAGAAUUCUUGCAAAUUUCAAGAGUGUCAGAAUCUCAGAACCUCAGAAUUUCCAAAUUUCAGGGUCUUAGAAUCUCAGAAUUUCAGAAUCUCAGAAUUUCAGAAUCUCAGAAUCUCAGAAUCUCAGAAUCUCAGAAUCUCAGAAUCUCAGAAUCUCAGAAUCUCAGAAUCUCAGAAUCUCAAAAUCUCAAUAUCUCAGAAUUUCAGAAUCUCAAAAUCUCAGUAUCUCAGAAUUUCAGAAUUUCAGAAUUUCAGAAAUCCAGGAUUUCAAAAUCUCAGAAUCCCAGAACCUCAGAAUCUCAGAAUCUCAGAAUAUCAAAAUCUCAGAAUCUCAGGAUCUCAGAUUUUCAUAAUUUCAAAGUCUCGAAAAUCUCAGAAUCUCAGAAUCUCGGAAUCUCAGAAUCUCAGAAUCUCAGUUCUCAGAAUCUCAGAAUCUCAAAAUCUUAGAAUCUUAGAAUCUCAAAAUUUUAGAAUCUCAGAAUCUCGGAAUCUCAGAAUCUCAGAAUCUCAGAAUCUUAAAAUCUUAGAAUCUCAGAUUCUCAGAGUCUCAGAAUCUCAGAAUUUUCGAAUCUCAGAAUCUCAGAAUCUUAAAAUCUUAGAAUCUUGGAAUCUCAAAAUCUCAGAAUCUCAGAAUCUCAGAAUCUUAAAAUCUUAG